AUCUCAGUUCUCGCGAGAAUUCACGACAGUUGAAUUUAAAAACGGGCGGCAGUUAGCGAGCAGAGACCUGACGGAAAGCAAAAAUGACUGCGGACAAUGAAAUAGACAUCAAGGAGGCGUUUCAGCGCGCUCAGAAAGGCCACAACAACAAGGCAAAGCUGGUGGCGAGUCUGAAGAGCCGCUACAACAAGCUCGAAGACAAGACGCUGUUCCAUGAGGAGUUUGUCCACUACCUUAAGUAUGCAAUGAUCGUCUACAAACGUGAACCUACAGUUGAAAAUGUCAUUGAGUUUGUUGCGAGGUUCGCCACAAGUUUCCAGUCUCCACCUAAAACAGAAGAGGAGGAGCAACAGCAGCAGGAUGAGGAGGAAGAAGAAGAAGUUGAGGAUGAUCAUCCAUUUCUGAGUUUCAUCUUCAACUUCCUAUUGGAGUCUCAUAAAGCCAAUAGCCAUGCCGUACGUUUCCGAGUGUGUCAGCUGAUCAACAAGUUGCUGGGCAGCAUGGCAGAGAAUGCCCAGAUUGAUGAUGAUCUCUUCGAUAACAUCCACCAAGCAAUGCUGAUCCGUGUCACUGACAAGUUCCCAAAUGUGAGGAUUCAGGCUGCUUUGGCCAUGACCCGGCUUCAGCAGCCAAGAGAUACUGACUGUCCCACCAUUAAUGCCUAUAUGUUGAUUCUGGAAAAUGAUACAAAUGCUGAGGUGCGACGUGCCGUUCUGUCCUGCAUUGCAAUGUCCCCUCAGACCCUCCCGAAAGUACUUAAACGCACCCGGGACAUUAAAGAGAAUGUCCGCAAGCUGGCCUACCAGGUUCUCGCUGAAAAGGUUCACAUUAAAGCUUUUACCAUCGCACAAAGAGUUGGUCUACUGCAGCAGGGUCUCCACGACAACUCAGAAGCAGUGAGGGACAUAGUUUGCAGUCGUCUACUGCCAGCCUGGCUGCGUCAACUGGACGGUAACGUCAUCAAGAUGCUGCAUAGGCUGGAUGUAGAGAACUGUGCUGAUACAGCUCUGGAGACACUAAAAGCCGUCUUCAAAAGCACACCUACCGAAGAGCUGCUGCAGCACAGAGUAGAGCUUGACAACAGGAAGCUGAUCCCAGUGGACUCUCUGACCUGUGAAAGUGUGCUUUACUGGAGAGCCCUGUGUGAGUUCAUCAAGAGUAAAGGAGAUGAUGGUGAUGAAAUGCUGGAGCAAGUUUUACCAGAUCCUGCUACUUAUGCAGACUACCUCUGUGGAUAUCUGAAGGCAGUUCCCAUGCUGUCAGAGGAGCAGAGGGCCGACUUUAACCAGCUGGAGCUGGUCAUGACCAAAGAGUUCAUCUCGCAGCAGCUCAUCCAUCUUAUUGGGUGUCUGGACACCAAUGAGGAGGGUGGCAGGAAGCGUGUGCUGGCUGUUCUGCAGGAGAUGUUGGCUCUUCCACAGACCCCCUCCUCCCUGGUCUUCCUGCUUACUGAGAAACUUCUUGCCCUCAUUCCUGAUGACCACAGACGCAUACAAACUGUGGCAGAAAUCAUAUCAGAUGUGAGGGAGCCCAUCACAGGGACCAGUCAGCCCGUGGAUGAGAAGGAUAUCCGCCGGCAGCAGGUCCAGCUUGCAGAAGUGAAGGUGCGUAUCUUAGAGGCUAAACAGACUCUAGAGGACUGUAUUGCUGCCCAGGAGUUCAACCGAGCAGCAGAACUGAAGGACUCCAUCACAGACUUGGAGAACCACAGGAACCAGAUUCUCCAGGAAAUCGCAGAGAGCAACCAGCCGGCUGACAAGGAGAUCCGCACUGAGAAGAAUGACCCAGAGACUCUCUUGAGGUGUCUAACAAUGUGUGCUGAACUGCUGAAGCAGAUGAGCAUCAAGACUCGAAUUGGUCCAACCAUAAGCGCCUUAAUGUCCUCACUGAUCCUACCCAGCAUAGCAAAUGCUCACCCUGCCGUCCGCAACAUGGCCGUGGUGUGUCUGGGAACAUGUACUCUGCACAGCAAGGAGCUGGCCAAAACCCACAUGGUCCUGCUGCUACAGAUUGCCCAGCUAGAUGAGGUAAAAAUCCGUAUCAGUGCUCUGCGGGCCAUCAUCGACCUGCUGCUGCUGUUUGGCUUCCAGCUGCUCUCUGAAACCGCUGCCACCCAGGCAGCCCCGCCAUCCCAGUCACCAGACAAGCAGGAGGAUGAAGCAGCAGUGGCCAAGGACAAGGGAGACGCUCCAGAAGACACCGCACAGAGUAUACUUCUGAUGCUUUCAGAGUUCCUCGAUAGUGAGGUGUCUGACCUGCGUACUGAGGCAGCGGAGGGUUUGGCCAAACUUAUGUACACAGGCCGCAUGUCCAGCACCAAGAUGCUCUCUCGUCUGGUGCUGCUGUGGUACAAUCCUGUCACUGAGGACGACACCCGCCUACGUCACUGCCUCGGCAUCUUCUUCCAGCUCUACGCCCGCGAGAGCAGGGCUCAUCAGGAGGUUGUAGAGGAGAGUUUCCUGCCGACUGUUUGGACCCUGAUGAAUGCCCCAGCCACCUCUCCACUCGCUGAGGUGGAUAUUAACAAUGUAGUCGAACUAAUUGUUGAACUGACCCGCCCAAGUGCACUGAUUAAACCUUCAGCUAACACAGAGGAGGUGUGUGUGCACGACUACUUGGCAGUUCGUAUGUGUGGCGAGAUGCUGAAGGACCCCACAGCUCCAGAGGUGCGUCUCUACGCCAAGACUCUAAGCAACCUGGAGCUCAGCAGAGACGACACUGUCAGGAAGGAUCUGCAGACUUUGCUGCAGCAGCUUGUAGAGGUGGUGACUGAUCGUGUUUGUCUCCGUGCUCUGGAAAAGAUGGUUUCUCAGCUGGUGGACUCCAAAGAGCAGGCUGAGCUUCUCAGUGCCAGUGCACUGCAGCCCCUGCAUGUCAAUGCAGAUGAUGCUGCAACAGACGAUCCAUCUAAAUCUGCCAAGAGAGCCAAAAGAGGUCAAAGGAAAGCCUGCGCAGCCAAAGGGGGCAGAAAGCCAAGCAGAAGGGCAGAGUCGUCAGAGGAGAGCGACAGCGACGGUGAAAACGUUCCAGAGUCAGUUCCUGUUGUUCGUCCGUCACGGAGAGCCAAGACUGCAGCUCUAGAGAAGACGAAACUGGACCUCAACCCCCUCAUCAACCAGGAGGCCAAUGUGUCGUAAAUGCUGGGUGAUAACCGUUUUUGUAAUAAUACUUUUUGUCAUAUGAAUAUACUUACAUUUCUUUGUUUUACUGGCCUCAAUAAAUGUAACUGAUCUUGGCACCUUUGUGACCCGAAGCCUGUCCAAUGGAGUCACCUCCUAAUAUCAGUCAUAUUUCCUCUGUUCUGUUUCUUUUUUCAGUUUCAUGUUUUGUCCUUUUAAUCAUUAAAGCAAAAUAUGUCAGA